UGCAUGUAUCCUAUUAAAAACAUUCCGCAUUUCAAAUUCACUGUCAUUGCAGAGGGUGAGUAAUUAUCCAGUGUGGUUGGCUUGGUGCAACAUUUUGGGGAAACACAUUGUGAGGAAAGAUGCCCAGGAUGAGACAAGUUCGCCAGAGGUUGAAUUUCAAUGCUGGUGAAGAGGACAGCACCUGCAGAGGAAUUGAAGAGGAGCUGAGAUUUUUGCCACACCACACAACGUGUAAAGAGUUUCUCAGAAACAGUCCUGAAUGUAAAGAAUAUGAAAGGAACCUAAAUGAAGACUUUCUGAGCUCCAUAAAAUCCCCUGCACUGCUCACAGCUGACCUGAGAGACCCUGAGACGCUGAGAAGCUCAUCAGACAUCUCACACAGACACACGUCUCCACCACGGCAGUGUCUCACCUCCAUCAGACGCAUCAGAAAAUCUUACAAUUCUAAAAGAGAUCAUUCUUUACAGAAGAGAGAAAGACUUCAUUCAUCCGUCACUCCAAAAUCAGAGAUAAAAAGACAAGGGAUUAAUAUAAACCCAUUCACUCCAGACUCACUUCUCAUCCAAACUGUGAGCGCAAAGAGAAACCACAACAGAAUCCAUCAGAAAGACUCAUGCGAGGACUUUGAAGAGGAAUUCAUUCCUCCAUUAAAGAGAAAGAGUGUUGUAGUGACAUCUCCAACAUCUCGCUACACAUCUGAGUUCUACGAAUUGGAGAAAAUUGGCUCUGGAGAGUUUGGGGCUGUUUUCAAGUGUGUGAAAAGACUUGAUGGGUGCAUCUACGCCAUCAAGCGCAUCAAGAGGCCGUUAGCGGGUUCUGUGGAUGAGCAGAACGCUUUACACGAGGUGUUUGCCCAUGCCGUGUUGGGACAGCACCCCCAUGUGGUGAGGUAUUACUCUGCAUGGUCAGAGGAUGAACACAUGCUGAUCCAGAAUGAGUACUGCGAUGGAGGAACGCUCGAGCAGCUCAUCACGGAGAACCAGAGAACCCUGAAGCUCCUCUCUGAAGCUCAGCUGAAAGAUUUGCUUCUGCAAGUCUCCCGGGGUUUGAAGUACAUCCACUCUGCUUCUCUCGCUCAUAUGGACAUCAAGCCAAGUAAUAUAUUUAUAUCAAGGAGAGCAGCCAUUCGUAACGCAGACGUCGAUGGAUCAGAUGCAGAUGUUGUGUACAAAAUAGGAGAUCUUAGUCAUGUGACUCACGUUAGCAGCCCAAGAGUGCAAGAGGGAGACAGCAGAUUUUUAGCCAGUGAGGUCCUGCAAGAGGACUACAGGAAUCUACCUAAAGCAGAUGUUUUUGCGCUGGCGCUGACAGUGCUAACUGCCUGUGGGGCAAAAGCACUCCCAAGGAAUGGGGAAACGUGGCUUGCCAUACGUGGAGGGAAACUCCCAACUGUAGCUCAAGUGCUGUCAGAAGAAUUUCAACAACUACUCAAGCUCAUGAUUCAUCCAGACCCCGUGCACAGACCUUCAUCCUCAGCCCUCAGUAAACAUGCCAUCCUCCAGCCUGCCUCCAAACUAAGUGCCGACAGCCUGCGCGAGCAGCUUCAUGCACAGAAGUUCAGAAACGCACUGCUACUGAAAGAGCUGAAUGAGAUCCAGUCAUCCACAGCAGCUGCGGAACCGAGCGUCUCUUACAGGACCAAGAUAAACCGCUCACUUAGUUUAACUACGUUCUGAUCUGCAAAAAGCAACAGAUUGCAACCAGAGACCAUGUUGUUUUUGGAAAAGCAUACACUUUGACCAUACAGUUAGUUAUGAAUGUGAAUAUAUUUCCUUUAUAGUAAGUUAUAUGUCAGUAUACAUGAAAUUCAUGGAAAUAUAUUCAUAGUAACAAAAAAUGUGAUUUUUAUUGCUACACUAUAUGGCCAAAAGUUUGUGGAGACCUGACUUUAACACUCAUAUCAGCUUGUUGAAAAGUUGAAAGGUGUUCAGUGGGGUUGAGGUCAGGGCUCUCUGCAGGACACUAGAGUCCUUCCGCUUCAACCUUGGGAAACCAUGUCUUCAUGGAGCUCGUUUUAGUGCACAGGGGCAUUGUCAUGCUGGAACAGGUUUUGGCCUCUUAAUUCCAGUGGCACAAGUUUGGGGAAGAACCACAUAUGGGUGUGAUGGUCAGGUGUCCACAAACUUUUGGCCAUAUAGAUUAUGUGUUCUUAGAUAUGUGGUUAAAAUAUAGGUUUAGACUGAUUCAACGAUAUGACAAUAUCCUCUACAAAUGUCAUUUGAAAUAUAUUGCUUUUCCAUAUGGCUAAUAUUUAGUUUUCAGUAUAUAUUCAGUAUUGCUGUGAAGUGAAGUUUAGAUUGAUGCGAUGAUAAAUAUUCUGAAAAACAGCUGGAGACUAAAUAAGAUAUAAAUAUAGGAAAUGAAACAAAUCAUAUUUUUACUAUAUUAUUUAUUUUAUGUAAUGACACAAAAUCUUUCAAAUUUCAUAUAUUUGAAUUUGAAAAAGAAAUAGCAAAUAAAGUGGCAAUAAAUUUACAAUGGAAAAAAAUAACCAAAAGAUUUAUUAUUGUCCAUUUUCUUUUUAAAUUUUUUUUUUUUUCAAUUUAAUUGGAAGGCAGUACUACUGUAAGAAGUAGUUUCCUGUGAAGUUUCCUGUGUUAUCUUAAAAAUUUAAAUUGAUGUCUGUUUGAUUGAUGACUGUCAUAUUGUGACAUAUUGUGUUUAAGAAGCACUUGAAUGAAGUAAUUGUUGCACAACCUGCUGCUGAAUGUUUCAGAGUAAUGAAUGGUUUUUUAUUGCAGAGCCUGUUGACACACACUCUUUCCGUGUGAAAGGAAUUUAUCUGUGUAUAACUGCCACAUAUUUUGAUUAAAAGUUGCAGCAUUGUUUCACUGUACUGUAAUUUCAUAUAAUAAAAGUAAGCUUGCACACUU